UGCUGUUUCUGCUCUGCUUCUAAUUUAAAGCCCACGGGGAACCGGAGCGCGAGCCGCAAUUAGACGAGCUCAAUGUUUAGGAGGAUUCUCGCGCUCAUAAACCAAAGAUAAACCUGUAAAGGUGUGAGAGUGUGUGUGAGAGCAGCAGGAGCGCGGGGAUAGUGUGAGUUCUGGAGUGUGUGCGGGUUUUUGGUGAGAAGCUUCUUGAUGCCAAACGGAUCCACGCACGCUCUCAGCUACUGACCGGAGUCCGCGCGCGGCCAUGGGGGAGCAGCCGAUCUUCACCACCAGAGCCCAUGUGUUCCAGAUUGAUCCAACCACUAAGAAGAACUGGGUUCCUGCCAGUAAGCAGGCUGUCACCGUCUCGUACUUCUAUGACAGUACGCGCAACAGCUACCGCAUCAUCAGUGUGGAUGGGUCAAAGGUCAUCAUUAACAGCACAAUCACCCCCAACAUGACGUUUACUAAAACUUCACAGAAGUUCGGGCAGUGGGCCGACAGCCGAGCCAACACGGUGUUCGGACUGGGCUUUGCUUCAGAGCAACAGUUAUCAAAGUUUGCUGAGAAGUUCCAAGAGGUUAAGGAAGCUGCCAAACUUGCCAGAGACAAAUCUCAGGAGACAACUGAGACUUCCAGCAAUCACUCACAGGGGUCAGGAAGGGAGACUCCUGUCCAAUCAUCCAAUCAGGUGUCCAGUAUGAAUGGGACAGAUGAUGAGAAAAUCUCACACACACCAGAAACCACAGCGCUGCAGACUGAAAACGAUCGUCUUAAAACUGCUAUAGAGCAAAGUAACUCAAACGCUAAGAAGUUUGAGACGGAGCUGCAGACUCUGAGGGAGAGUAAUGCUCGGCUGCUAGACGCUCUGCAGGAGGCCAACAGCAGCGUGGAGAACUGGAAGACGCAGGCAGCAGCCUGUCAGGAGGAGAACAACAUACUGAAGAACAAGAUCGCUGAGCUGGAACUGCAGUGUAAGGAGUUGAAUCAGGAGAAGGAGAGGAACGCUCAGCUCACUCAGAGAGUUCAGGAACUGGAGGCAGAACUACAGGAUAAAGAACAGGAGCUAGAGGAUCUGAGGAAACAGGCUGAGAUCAUUCCAAAGCUCGUGGCCGAGUGUGAGACCAUCAACGCCAAACUACAGGCAGCAGAGCAGGCCAGCAAGGACGCUCGGGGGAGGGUGACGACGCUGCAGACCGAGGUGGAGGACAGUCAGCAGAAACACACACACAUGAAGACAGAGCUGAAGAAGUUCAUGGAUGUUCUGGAGGGAAAAAUCGACGAGCUGCACGAAGUCCGGCAGGGGCUCUCCAAACUCGGCAUCGAUAAUUAAAACACACACACUCACAAUAUACACACACUGAAUACACACACACACACAUUAAAUACACACAUUUUAACCUGGGUUUCCAGUGAACGGUUCUGGAGCCGACCAAGUGGUAUUACCCCACUGCAGUCCCCCUAAACACACACACAAAGCUGUACAGCUCAAAUUAGGAAGUGACAGCCAUAACUCUUUAUUAUAUAUAGAUCCACACACACACACACACACUCUCCUGUGUGGUGAAGGGUCUGUUUUCUGUGUGUUUUUGUGUGUGAGAGAGAAAGCAAAUAAGGGCUAAAUGGUAUUUAGUAAAGUGACACACAGUAACAGGGUUGACCUGAGAGUUGCACUGUCGACACACACACACACACUUUCUCUCUCUUUUUGUAAUAAUAGGGUGUAACGGCCGGUAUCUCAGGGUGUGUUUGGGUUUGUUAUGCAUUAACACACACAUACACACACACACACACACACACACACACACACACAUACGAACUGCAGUGUCACUAAGUGCCUGAGGGUGGCGCUCUCUACAGGAGUCCCGCACUAACCUCCCUGUCUGCACCCUGUUGCUGCCCCUGGUGGUCAGGAGGCACGCACACAUGCACAACACACAUGCACACACAACACACACUACUACAAAGAUUAAAGUGCAAUACUGAACCUGGCCUGCAGGGGGCGGUGUGGGGGCAAUGCUUUGACUUACAGUUGGUACGUCUUGGCCAUAACCAAUCAGUGGAGUUAUGAAAUGAUUGGAUAAUAUAUUUCUGAUUGCUGUUAUCAGAAUCGUGCAUGUCUGAAACUCAUCUGUCUGACCUUUUGUUCUUUUGUUUGUAUGUUUUUUAAGGAAGUUUUGUUGUAACGUUGUGGCUGUGGUGGGCGCUGUGUUCCCUACUUUGGCUUUUGGGUGUGUGUGAUUGUACAGAGUGUGUGUAUGUGUGGGUGUGUGUAAGUCAUUGCUGCUUGGUAAUAAGGGAAUGUGUGUGUUUGUGUGUGUGUAUGUGUGUGUUGUACGACACCCUCAGUGACUCUUUUAGGACUUUUUUUCUUCCUGGUUUUCCACGUCUGUUUUUUCUGAUCAAUGCUGUACGAAUAUUGAUUAUUGAUUGUCAUAAAUAUAGUUUAAGUAUGAAA